CCGGAAGUGCAGGUGCACCGUUACAGAAUACUUUCAGCUCCGGAAAUAAUAAUUUAUCCGAGUUUCUGAUUGUGUUGGAAGAAGGAUCUGUGUCGCUCUGUCUGUCUGUCGUGGAUGUAAAAGCAAACCGUGGAGAUAAAAUGGCUUUAAACCAGAAUCACUCGGAGGCAGGGGGAGUCAUCGUCAACAACAGUGAGAGUGUCUUGAUGUCCUAUGAGAACGUAGAGCUGACGUUCAGCGAUGCAGAACGCUUGCCAGACGUGUUUAGGAAGAGCAGGAAGGGGAGUGUCUAUCUCACACCAUACAGGGUGAUAUUUGUGACAAAGGCGAAAGAGACUUUGCAGUCAUUCAUGAUGCCGUUCUACCUGAUGAAGGGCUGUGAGGUCAAACAACCUGUGCUCGGAGCCAAUUACAUCAAGAGCACUGUAAAUGCUGAACCAGGAGGUGGUUGGGAGGGUUCUGCAACAUUCAAGCUGAUAUUUGUCUCUGGUGGAGCUAUUGAGUUUGGACAGUACAUGAUGCAGGUGGCAUCUCAAGCCUCCAGAGGGCAGCCUGUGACCCCCAAUUUUGGCUGUCCAUACAUGGCUAAUGGCUCAUAUGCUUACCCACCUCCCCCUCCAGCGAACGGCAUCUACUCCACUGCACCACCUCCUCCUGGCUAUUCGUACCCUGCUCCUCCACCUCCAGGUGCACUCUAUCCCCAUCCUUCGGGUUUUGAUGGCGCUGCAGCCUACGUGCCCCCUCCACCUUACUCCGCCUCACUGGCCCAAGCCCCUCUCAACCCUGAUCUACCACGUACACCUGCAGCGGAGGCUAAAGCAGCCGAGGCAGCAGCCAGCGCUGCAAACCCUGCUCCUCUUGCUCCUACUCACGUUUAUCUGCCCGAAGACAAGCCACCACCUUACUCACCUCCUGAAGACAAGAAGAACCAGUAAACGUCACACCAGCAAUCCCAAAGCCAGCCCUCAAGCUCCUCUCUCAGUGGUUUCUCUCACGCUCACACCUUCUGAACAGCAUUUCAUUUAAUAAUCUCUACUAUCCAUACCAGGCGUUUAUUCCAACAAGCAGUAAAUUGUGGCAUUAAAGAAGGAGAGGAAAAAAACAAAACGCGAGUGUGAAGGAAUUAAAGUUUUAGGGCUUAUUCAGAGUCACGACAGAUUUCCUAACGGUGUAUUUUGUUGUAUUUGUAAAGUAUUGACUGCGUAUCGGACUCGAUUUGUGAGUUUAUUUUCAGGAGCUGGUCCAGUUGGCCAUGAAAUACAGAGCCAGUAUGUUUGGAUCAACCAUUUGAUGAGAAAUACUAAUCACUGCUGUGUAUUCGGUCAGGCAUUCUACUUCACAUCCUUCCCCGUUUCUUGAAUGUGUUCAUCCUGAAGGCACCUUGCUGUACCUGUGGAUCCUCUGUCCCAGUGUUACUCGUGUCUGUGUGAUUCUCUGGUGCAUGACUCACACUAACACGGCACUUUAGCUUUUUUUUUUUGGUCAUGCAUCAGUAUAAUCUGUUCUGAGAAACAUCGUGUGUACAUAUACUAUAGCUGUUUAACAGUUCUUCAUUUAUUUGGAUUAUAAAAUAUGUAACCAUCUAAGCAUGCUCUCAGGUGUGAUGUCUAACAUGUAUAAUGGAUGUAUUUUAUUAAAUUAAACAUGGACCGGUU